AUGGGCGGACCUCGUGGAGGCAACAUCAAGCAUCGACCUCGGGGUGGUACUGCUCACGGUCGAGGACGAGGACCUCUCAGAGGCUCAAUACACGGCAAGGGCCAUCGUGGGCCCGUCAAAGAAGAAGACCGGCCACCCCCGUUAUGUGAAGAGGAUGUCCGUAUUAUGGCAUGUCGAGCGUUCAUGACGGGAGACUGCCCACGCGGCGCCGAUUGCAGGUUCCUUCACUAUGUGAAGAGAUUACACGAAGUCGUUGAUGCCCAUUCUGAUGGGAAAUCGAUCAAUGAUGUUAUCCUCAUUGGAGAUACUCUUUUCACUGGUCAUAUCGAAUUGACCCCGGACCUUAUCGUCGACACAGACGGUCAGCCCGUGAUGUCCGUCUACUUCGAACCCGCCCGUGACGAGACCGGUGGUGGAGUUAUGUUCUGUGGCCUCCAAGACGGUCGAGUUAGAGUAUUUGACAAAACGACCGGUGCACAAUUUGAUCUGGUCGGCCAUGGUAAAGCUGUACACAGUUUAGGGGUUCUGCAAGGGAUACUGGUAACUUCGUCGUGGGAUGGUACGGUACGGUUGUGGACACCCAAAGAAGGGACUUAUCAGAAUACUCAUACGAUAGAGAUCGGAUAUCCAGUUAAAUGCAUGACGAUAGCAGAGCAAACUAUGUGGAUUGGCGGUGUGUGUGGUAUUACUGGUAUUAGUAUAAUGGACCUCACCAUACAGGGGAGGAUCGACACUCAAAGUCCAGUUAUGAAUAUGUUAAUAUACGAGAAUCAUGUAGUGGCCAUAACAUUGGACGGAAAACUGUUCGUGUUCGAUCCAAAUACUGGUCGGGCAAAUGAACGGUAG